GUGAAAUGAAAAUAAAAAAUUACACUGAAUUUUUUUAUCGAUUAAACUUUUGUAUUAGUAUUUUUGAUAGUUGUGAUCUCAAGUAUAAAAUUUCGUAGUUUUAGUUUAUAACGGUAAUCAAUUUAAUUUGAAGGUGUUACUCGUUAGAAGAAUAUCAUGACGAUCUGAAUUAAUUUGAAUCACAAUGAAACUUCAAUUGAUUGAAAUUUAGAGAAGUUUAUGGAUAAGUUACUUAACUGUGCUUGUGGCUCCGCGUAAAGAUGGCUGAUAGCGGACCCUUUGUAGCAAAGCCGGCUAGGGGUUGGCUUCACCCUGAUUCCGUUUUGGCCAGCGAUGGUAUAACAUACGCAGUGCGGUACAUAGGGUGUAUGGAGGUGUUAACGUCGAUGAAGAAAUUAGACUUCGAAACUCGCUCUCAAGUAGCCAAAGAAUGUAUUGCUAGAGUAUGUGCAGCUGCAGGUUUAAGGUCAGCUGAUAAAAAGCGUCGCAUUAGUCAGGCAGCAUCUUGUGCUCUUGCUGCAAAGCCUCGAAUGGCACAUUCAGGUUCAAAUGUUGCCUUAACUGUAUCUUCAAGAGCAAUCACAUUGGCUGCCCUAGAGGGAGGUGAAACAAUUGCCCGACAUGAUAUGCCUCGUGUUUCAUUUGCCUCUGGUGGUGAUCAAGACUCACUAGACUUUGUAGCAUAUGUGGCUAAAUCUGUACCCCCCACUGAGUGGAGAGCUUGUUAUGUUCUGGAGUGUGGAGGUAGGCUGGCUCAGGAUGUCAUAGCUACUAUAGGACAAGCAUUUGAGUUGCGCUUUAAGGAGUUUCUUACAAAGCCUACUUCGUUGAAUAUAAACGGUUCGUCUCUCGCGGCGUCGGCAGAGGCUCCUCUAGAAGAUCGUGAGUACUACAAUGACAUGCCGGACAAAAUCCCGCCCGAGCCGGCGCCGCCUGCCGCGCCCAUCUCUCACCAUCGACAUCCACCACCGCCGCCCUUGGCUUCUCUACCACCAAUAUCUUCUUGUGAGGAAAGUGUCCGUCAGUACGUGAACCAGACGCCCCCGCCCCGCACACCCCCCACCGCAUUGCUACCCAAUCAUCAUACAGACAUAUUUGAUAUGCAGCCCUUCACAGCGGCCCCUUUGACGUCAUCGUCGACAUCUCCCGGGACGUCCCCGGCAGGGGCAGAGGCUGAGCCUCUAGGGCCAAGCGCUCAGGCAGCCCUACUCGCUAAGGAACCAUGGUUCCAUGGGGCUAUCUCAAGAAGUGCUGCCGAAAAGCUGGUGGUGGAAGAUGGUGAAUUCCUAGUGCGAGAGUCAAGCGCGUGCCCCGGUCAGUUUGUCUUAACGGGAUCGCGACGCGGACAUCACAAACAUUUGCUGCUUGUCGAUCCUAAUGGAGUGGUUCGAACUAAGGACCGAGUUUUCGAGAGCGUGCCUCACCUCAUUAAAUACCACUGUACCAACGAGCUGCCGAUUGUGUCUGCUGACUCUGCACUUUUGCUUCGGAAACCUGUUAUGAGAUCCUGAUUGCCGGACACACAUUACGGACAUACGUAUUGAAACGGACAAUUGUUAAGUGUUAAAACUGUUGACUGCAAGUUUUUAACCUAUAUAUGUUAAAAGUUAAAAACGCUGUUUUCAACAAAAGUUGAGGGUAGUUGGGAAUAUGUGGACUUUGAGAGGGUAGUUUAAAAUCGAUUAGUUGAUGAGUUGUAAAAUGUCUUAGCUUUGUACAUACAUAAAAUUUUCCAUCACAAUUCAAUAUCAGUUAUCAAGUGUUGAGUAGCAAGUUUGAUAUGUAUACAGGCCAAGGGUUCAUUGAUAAUUUUUUGGCAAAUAUACAAGUUUUGAAAGCUCCCAUUACUGCUCUAAUCUUGAUUGGGGUUUGAAUACUGGCCUAGUGCAAAGUUAUAUGUCAUAUAAAUUAGUUCCAUUGAAAACAGCUCUCUGAAUAUAUUUCACUUUAACUAUAUUCUCUCUUCUUCACUCGCAAACAUAAUUACUGAAGUUUUCCUUGUCUUAAGAACCCCUAGGUAAUACAUUUACUUGCUGCCUCCACAGCACUCUAUCCUCAGCUGGUCUAAUAAUUGUCUUUACCUGAUCAGACCAAAGCACCUGUUGGAAAUUAUAGACAGUCUUGUGGUGAUUUUUAGUUGGUUGGGAACGGACUUCGGUUCUUUGUCCAGUCUAUGGCAUAUAGUCUUCUCCAACAUAUUCUUAAAUAAAGAAAUCAUAUAUAAAUAAUUUCAUGAAAACAUGAUUAUAAUAGAAAAUGGAGCGCAAUGUUGCUAGAAGUCGGCAUAAAAAGAUGACAGCUGCUCUUUGUUUAGCAAAAUCUUGACAUUAGGCGAUCCAAAGUCCGAAUCUCAUAGACAUGUACUAUAAAGUACUAUUUUUGUUGCCAUGGUUAAUAAUUUCAAAGGAAUUUCUUUAUGCACCGGGUUACCAUGGUGACAAGAACUCUUAGUCCAAUUAUAAAGCCAAUGCAGUUUACCGAACAGUUUGUGUAAUCUUAAAAAACAAGUCUUAGAAUUUUUUUUCAUUACUAAUACGAUUGUUAGUCAUUACGAAACGUUUUUAAAUAUAUAGUGACAUUACACUAUUAUGUAGGCAUUUAAAUGGAACUGUAGAGGAAGGAAAGUGUUCUUUUGGCCUUAAGGGCCUACCAGUGUGACUGACUCGUCAGAAGGCCCAAGUGGGUAAGGUGGAGACGUUUUGUAUAGCUUUGGAGGUCGGAAUACUUCGUUAUCGCGUUUCAGGGUAAGAUGUCAUCCCAGUGAGCCGUAAAUUGUUGAUAUCAGAUGGAUUUACCCACGAAUUAUUUACAACAGUCAUGAUCUUAACAUUUAAUCGCGUUUAAAUCCGUUUGAUAAUGUAUACCCUAACAACUUGUUAGGAAAUUGUAUAAUAUAAAAUGCAUUUAUUCUUGUAUCUUGUGAUAUAUUAACUAUUUUUUCUGUAUCUUUUGCAAACGGCCUAUAAUUAGUUUUAAGCUUAUAAACAUGUUUUUAUAUACUAUGGCACUAUAUAAUAUUCUUAUCGAAUUUUGUCUUCCAAUUUGCAAUGCAUUCAUAAUUACUGUUAUUACUAUUAAUUUAAGUUUUCAUACAGUGAUGAAAAUUGAACUUGCUAUAUUAUUAUUUACAAUUGAUUCCUUACUAAAAUAGCUCGGACUUGUUAAAUUAUCUAGUUUACAUAGAAUAUAAUUCACAAAUUGGUAAUUCAUACCUAUCUGUGAUCUCUAUAUUUGAAUUACGAACAUAAAUUUAAAUUCCACGAAGUAUACAUCACCAAGGAGUUUCUAUUCUAUUGCUAGUGACCCGCAAUUUCUAUAAUCUAUGACUAAUAGUGAUGUAAUCUGUGACCGUUUUGCGUUUCGAUGGAUCAUGCAUAAACCUUUUAUUCAUAGAUUCAAUCACAAUUUAUACGAUAUUGUAUGAAAGUUGAUAAAACAAAAGUAUUUAACCAAUGCAACAACUGCAUAAAGUACUAUUUGAAAGUUCUUAGGUUAAUCAAAUGUGCAAUCGCAAUGCCAAACGAGAGAAUUUUCAUGAGUCAUAUUUUUCUAAAAUUAUAUUUUGAUAAGUCCUGCAUUUUAUUUAGAUUCAUUCCAUGCUCUCUUAGAUUAAGAAUGUAUUUUAUCAUUAAAUGCACAAUAUUUACCAUUUAAUCAAUUAAGUUAGUUAUAACUAUAGGUGCUAUGAAAGCUUACUUAAACAAUAUUAUGUAAAAGUAUAAAUAUAUGAAUUUAUUGUAAUU